AUGUAUGCCAAGGGUGCGAACAGGACUGCAGAAGACUUGGAAGAGCAGAACGAUCAGAGAUUGGAAGGCCUGAGCGCCAAAGUCAGGAUACUGAAGGAUAUCACUCUGGGCAUCGGGCAAGAAGUUCGGGACGGCACAGCUGAGAUGUCGACUCUGUCGGAGGCAUUCUCGAAUACGGGGAGCUUCUUGAAAGGAACGUUCACGAGAAUGAAUAGGAUGGCGGGAAGGCAGACAGGCUGGUUCUGCAACAUGAUGCUGUUCCUCAUGCUCGUUGGCUGGAUCUUUGUUAUCGUGUGGUGGUGGAGGCGAUAG